GGAGGAGGAAGGCGGAUGCAGGAGGCGGAUGCAGCAUCAUUGCAGCAUCCGCAUCAAAAGCCAGAGACGGGAUGAUGAAGCAGACUUUGACGGACGACACCGAAGAUGUCUCCCUCGACUUUGGGAACGAAGAGGAGCUGGCGCUGAGCAAAGCAAAAAUCAGGCACCCUCUGGCCACGUUUUUCCACCUUUUCUUCCGCAUCAGUGCCAUCGUGACGUACUUGUUCUGCGACUGGUUCAGCAAGAGCUUCAUCGCCUGCUUUGUCUUCAUCCUCCUCCUUCUGUCCUUCGACUUCUGGUCUGUCAAGAACGUCACUGGGAGGCUUCUGGUGGGUUUGCGUUGGUGGAACCAGAUUGACGAAGAUGGGAAAAGCCAUUGGGUUUACGAAGCCAAGAAGGUCCCUUCCGCAGGCGCUGCUCCGACGGAAGCAGAAGCUCGGAUAUUUUGGCUGGGGCUGAUUAUCUGCCCCAUAAUAUGGACCCUCUUCUUCUUCAGUACUUUGUUUUCCUUGAAACUCAAAUGGCUGGCGCUUGUGAUUGCCGGCAUUUGCCUUCAGGUGGCUAAUCUUUAUGGCUACAUCCAUUGCAAACUCGGAGGGUCUCAAGCCAUGCAUAAAAUCUCCUCCAGGUUUCCAGGGCAAAAGAUGUUCCAGAGGGAAAUGCCGGAGGAAUUUCAGAAGACGGUUCUGAAAGGGAUGGGGACCCGAAAUCAUUAAAGGAACAGAUGACUGUUUCAGGCUCUCUGCUUUCCUGAGAAACUGGCGGUCAGAAAAGAGAUGCACUGUCUUUAUGCGGAACAAUGUUGGUGGUUAUGAGAACGACUGAAGAGCAAAGCGGAGGCUGAGAAGCAGCAGACGGAAC